CCAGUGUCCGGGAGAGGAGAGGACAUGUGAACAGGACCUGAGAGUCUCGGCUGUACCCAGGUCUGCAGCUGUGAGCGUGUGUCAGAGAGGAGGACUGAUGAGCUGAGCGUGUACCUGCAGGCUGAGCGGCUCAGAGGCAGAUCCUUCGCAGAACACGCCCUGAUAGAAAAGGUAGACAAACACCGCACACACAUACACACUCAGCCCGAUCACUGAGGAGCCGAGCUGCGUACCUGAAAACAACAGACCCAAUGCUCCAGCACCGGCUCACAGCACCGGACAGCGACCCAAUGAGAUUAGGACGAGUGUGUUUCCACAAACUGGUUCGUUCCGAGGAGCUUUAUCCCUGCGUGCAGCCCGGAACACCUGGACACCCUGUGGGACUCGGCGGAGCAAUAAGGUUGGUUUUUGCAGCAGCGGAGCACUAACACAGCAGCUGGCGGAGCACCAUGAGCAGGAAGACGCGACGCUGGAUUUUCCAUUUCUUCCUGUGCCUUGGAAUAGUGUAUUUGAAAAUCGGGGGUCUGUCCUCGGUGGUCGCGCUGGGAGCGAGCAUCAUCUGUAAUAAAAUCCCUGGCCUGGCACCCCGUCAGAGGACGAUCUGUCAGAGCCGACCCGACGCGAUCAUAGUGAUCGGAGAAGGAGUCCAGAUGGGGAUCAAUGAGUGUCAGUUUCAGUUCAGACACGGCCGCUGGAACUGCUCGGCACUUGGAGAGAGGACCGUGUUCGGAAAAGAGCUCAGAGUGGGCAGUAAGGAGGCAGCGUUCACAUACGCUAUCAUUGCUGCCGGGGUCGCCCAUGCAGUCACUGCAGCUUGCACCCAGGGGAGCUUAAGCGGCUGCGGCUGCGACAAGGAGAAACAGGGUUUCUACAACCAGGAGGAGGGCUGGAAGUGGGGUGGCUGCUCUGCCGAUGUCCAUUACGGCUUGGGGUUCUCCAAGGUGUUCGUGGAUGCACGGGAGAUCAAGCAGAAUGCCCGGACGCUCAUGAAUUUACAUAAUAAUGAAGUGGGACGCAAGGUCCUGGAGAAGGGCAUGCGGCUGGAGUGCAAGUGUCACGGUGUGUCAGGAUCCUGCACCACCAAGACAUGCUGGACGACGCUCCCAAAGUUCCGUCAGCUGGGAUAUAUCCUCAAGGACAAGUACAACCAGGCUGUGCAUGUGGAGCCCGUGCGAGCCAGCCGCAACAAGCGCCCCACCUUCCUGAAGAUCAAAAAGCCCCACUCAUACCGAAAGCCCAUGGACACGGAAUUGGUCUACAUCGAGAGGUCACCCAACUACUGUGAGGCCGACUCCUUGACCGGCAGCAUGGGAACACAGGGUCGCCUUUGCAAUAAAACGGCUCUGCAGCCCAACAGCUGUGACCUGAUGUGUUGCGGUCGAGGAUAUAACACGCACCAAUACUCCCGUGUUUGGCAGUGCAACUGCAAAUUCCUGUGGUGCUGCUAUGUUAAAUGCAACACCUGCAGUGAGAGGACAGAGGUGUAUACCUGUAAAUAGAGGUAUUUAUUGGACGUGUAUUUAGACACACAUCUAGACAAGCAAGAAGGGAGGUCCUGUGUGUGUGUGUGUGUGUGUGUGUGUGUGUGUGUGUGUGUGUGUGUGUGUGUGUGUGUGUGUGUAUGUAUGUAUUUCAGAAUAGGAGUUCUAUGUUGCUGAUAGACACAUGCUGACUGACUGCCUCACUGUCUGGGCACCAUGACAAACAGUUUCUCUAACGCAUGUUGAUUAUUCCGAUGCCAAUGGACAUCUACCAUGACACUGGACUCAACCCGCGGGCUCAUAAAUUGUAUUUUUAUUUUAUAACAUGAACAUUUCAUGCCCCAGGCUUGACUUCUCUCCAGGCCAUACUGGUCUGUUGGCAUGACUCACCUCAAACAGUUUUUUUCCUAGACUAAUAAUUUAUUCAAUGAGAAAACUACUGAUGAUUUUUUUUUUUUUUUAAAUUCACUGUUGAUUCAAUCUGGUAAGGUCUUAAGGUGGUGCAGCAUUUUAGGCAUGUUAGUGAAAAAUGAUUCAAGUGCAUUUAACAGCAAUAAGAAUUUUCUUUAGAUUUUUUAACAAGACAACUUGGAGCUGAAACUGAAAAAGUCAAAACUGAACUCGAAAGAAUUACAUAUCUGUGACCCUGCAGCUUAAGUGCAUUAAGCCUAGCAGAAGAACAUUAAACUACUGAACCUGGGCUCUGUAUGAUAGCAUUGUUUUCUUCUUGUUUCUGUCCCCUCUCUACUUCAGUUUGCUGCUAGUUGUCUGGAAGGAUAUGGAGUUUGUGACUGAGCAGCCAUAUUGACUCUUUAAGCUAAAUUGACACCACCAGAAACAAACUCAAGCUUCCAGACAUAAAUCCCCCCUAAUGUUGGUUGAUAGAGUAUAUUUUCUAAGAGAUUAUUUUUAUAUGCUAUUUUUUUUUUAAUUUAUUUUCUAUUUCUAUGUAAGAUUUUUUGCCUUUGCAAUUUUGUCUGUUCAGUUACUGAGUUUGCCGAAAGGAAAUUACCCACUGACACACUGUUCUGAAAAUGUGCCUUGUUCCUCAGCAGUAGAAUAUAACAACAUUAUACUGAAAUACGCAGUAUUGUGAUUUGUAACCCAUUUCAAAAAACAUUAUCUCACCUUGUCUUACUGCCCAUUGAGAGUGAAAGUCCUGGUGUCACGUCCAGGCUUGUUAUUGUUUCAUAAAUGUUAGAAUGUUCUGAAAAGGUCAAACUUUUGUGCUUUUGCGCAAUGACUAAUUUGUUAGCAUAAUAAACUACAGCUGCUAUAAAUGUUUAACCGCACAGUAUGCCAGUGUUUCAUAUUGACAGUAAAAAAACUUAACUGUUUCUUUCUUAUCUAUGAUAUUCAUUCAUUUUUUUGGUCAUAUUUACAUAUUUUUGGCAAUAGUCCGUGCUGUCUGAAAAGAUCUACACCAUCGUACUUUUCAUAUCAGCCAUGAUUUCAGCCAUGCCUAGCUACAGCCACUCAGCUGAAGAAUCAACAGUGUAUAUGGUAUUUCAAAGAAGUCUGUGUAUUCUGUUGCAGAGAGGUCUGCUUAAGUGACGAUGCUAAACAGCAAAUCCAGCCCCUUCAUAGUACUACACACCUCAAUAUGCAAUGGUCUGAUAGCUGCUGUAGUUUCAGUUGGGAGAUAUGAACUACACAAAAUGAGUAAGGGAUAUUGGUAUAUUUUCGUGUUUCACUUGAUUGUUUAUUCUCUGAAAUAUCUGACAUUUUAUUUUGUACUUUUAUUUUUGAGUAGUGUAUAUAAGUGGUGAGUUUUUCCCAAGUAACAAAUUAACAAAAUUAACUAACAAAAUAUCAAGAAAGGAAAUACAAUUUGAAUUUUUAAAAUAAUUUUCCUUAGCAAACUGAAAAUCUUGAUGAGUUUUUCGGUUUGGUGAGGAAAAUAAUAAAACACACUUCAUUCAAACUCAACAGACACUGAACUAACCAGAACAGUCAUGGGUUGUCUGAACAAAACACAUUUGGUUUGGUAGACAAUAAAUCUUCUGGCUUUGUCAAGCCCCAGUCUAGUGUCCAGCAAUGUUUACUAGGAGGCUGCUGAGCCCCAUGAGGCUGAGUUUCGUUGCCCAUAAUGACUCUCCCAUUAUCCCAGGUCAGGGUCUUGACCUGUGACCUGUGAUCAGCUAAUAGGGCCAAUUAGCUACACAGUUAACUGAGCUAACUUUUGCCAACAGCAGCUAAUCACUACAGCCAAAGAUAGCUUCAGCAAAGAGUCUAGUGAACAGCAGUAAGCAGUUAUGCUACUCUGUAUGAUUUUCGGUUACUUUGGUGAUUUUAGGUGGGCAUGUCUUGCAUGUUACAUCUUUAAAGGUAGUUCAAAAAAAACCCUGAAAUUAUAAAUACACAUGAACAAUUAUUUUAUUGAAAAACAUCCAUCUCAUUCACAUCGAUCUAGAUAUAUGGACUGGUGUGACAUACUGUUGACCAAGGUAAUGUUCCAAGGCUGAAUUUUAGUCAAUUGUCAAACAGGGUCAGUUUCUGAAAUUUGAGAUUUUUCAAGAAAUAAUGAUUAAUUAUGUAUUCUUGAAACAUUAAAUGUAUUGGUGUAUGCAGACCCGUACUCGCCCAUUAAAGUACAAUCACUGAAAAAAAAAAAAAAAGUAUUUUUAGUCAUUUAUGUCAAUACAAAAGUAAAGUUAUUUGUUAUUAUUUUACUCAGGGACAGAAGCUAUGAGAUUCAGUUUUACUUCAGCUCUCAAUAAGGUUAACCACUGGCCCACAAAUAUGAAGUUUAUGCUUUUUGGGAAGUUUCUAACUGACAGCAACUCAGGCCUGGUAUUGUUUCAUGUCAACCAUUUUUUUUUUAAUUAUUAAAAAAAAAAUUUGCCUUGUGAUGUUGUUUGAUACCCAACCCAACACUGAAAUAUAAAAUAAUCAGAUGUGUCUCAACAGGGACAAUAGUAACCAGUUGAGACAGUGCAGUCAAAACUGUAACAUGCCUUUAUUAGUAUAAGCAUCAAAAGUGUGUUCCAUGGUUUUGGUUGCAGAUCUCUAGCUUGUUUAUUAUAAGUUUUUAUUGAAGAGUUUGUCAGUACUGAAAAAGUUCUCAUUAGAGGUUAUUGUCUUUGUGUGAUUUACUGAUGAAAUGAUAUCACCCAAAUGCUGUACUGCUCCUGAAUCAGAGAUCGUUGUUCCUCUAUUUCAAGUUAAACCUUACUGUCAU